AAAUUAUAAUCUUAACUAUUAAGAUUAAUAUCAAAAUGUUGUAUAUUAGUUCCCUAUCAACAUUUAACACAGUUUGCCCAUUCAGUCAAAUUCGAUUAGGAAAACUAACCUUCUACUGAUAAUUUCUUGCUAUCGUCAUUAAUUCAAAUGAUAAUGAAUUAAUGUCAUUGAGUUAUGUAUGACUAUUACGAGUUGGAAGAUCGUAACAUGAAAGGCUCACUUCGUGACUGGCGGAAAGCGCUCCGUACCCCUGCCACGUACAGGGUCGGCAAUGCAGUAAGAAUACAACCACAAUUUGUGUUUCUCGUUGGGCUAAUCGGAUUAUUUCUAUUAAUUUUAGUUUAUUACAAUUGGUGGACGAGUGCUCAAGUUCAAGUCACUCACAAAUGGAGCACGAUAACAAGGUCGUACAAUACAACCUAUCCAUUAACACCACCAGUGAAGUCGGGUGAUAGUGUCACUUACAGAAUAGGAAUAGUGGCUGACCUAGAUACUAAUUCGAAGAGUAGUUCAAAGAAGUAUACAUAUAACAGCUAUUUAAAAAAAGGAUUAUUAACUUAUGAUAUUGUCAGGAAAUCUGUAUCAGUGAAAUGGGAUUCAGAGGCAGCAAUUUUACUUUCUUCCACAUAUUCCCACAAAGGUAGAGGAAUGGAGCUUUCCGAGCUGAUUGUAUUUGAUGGAAGAUUGCUUACAUUUGAUGACCGGUCAGGCAUGGUUUUUGAGAUUAUUAACAAUAAAAUGGUGCCAUGGGUGAUACUGACAGAUGGUAAUGGUCAUGUAGAAAAAGGUUUUAAGUCAGAAUGGGCGACAGUUAAAGAUGAAAUUCUUUAUGUUGGUUCAAUGGGCAAGGAAUGGACAACUGCCAGUGGAGAGUUCCAGACAUAUGAUCCAAUGUGGGUUAAAGCUAUCAACAUUCAUGGAGAGGUUCAACAUUUAAAUUGGAUAAAUCAAUAUAAAUCUGUACGGAGUUCUUUAGGCAUUCAAUGGCCUGGUUAUAUGAUUCACGAGUCUGCAGUCUGGUCUCCGAUUACAAAGAAGUGGCACUUCCUACCUAGGAGGUGCAGUCAUGAGCCAUACAAUGAGACCAAGGAUGAAGUGAUGGGUUGUAACUAUCUGAUAACCGCAGACAGCAGUUUCAAAGCUAUUGAAGCUAGAACGGUAACAAAACAUCAACCGAAGCAUGGUUUCUCAUCAUUCAAGUUUAUUCCUGAUUCAAAAGAUGAAGCCAUUAUCGCUUUGAAAACUACAGAAUUUGAAGGCAAAACAGCUACAUACAUCACAGCAUUUAAAACUGAUGGCACAGUUUUACUUCAAGAUACAUUCAUAGAAGACAUAAAGUAUGAAGGUUUAGAAUUUAUAUGACGUAUAGAUAUUUUAGGUGAAUUUUGUUAUUACUUUUAUGUAUAUAUUGUAUAGUUUUGUUACAGCGUACAAUCGGGUCAAUUAAAACUACAUUUUUGUUUAUAUAUUUUCUUUAAUGUC